CGAGAGUUCGCCCUGCCGGCAACCAGCACGCUGUCGCGGCAUUUUACGACGUCAGCAGUGACAGGCCCCUGGGCCUUGGAAACAUUCAGCUUCCUCCCUCCAUCCUGGUGAAAGCCAACGCGAUGUUCGGUGCUGGGGACGAGGACGACACCGACUUCCUCUCGCCCAGCGGCGGUGCCAGACUGGCCUCUCUUUUUGGACUGGAUCAGGCCGCUGCUGGCCAUGGAAAUGAAUUCUUCCAGUACACAGCCCCAAAGCAGCCUAAGAAAGCCCAGGGAACAGCAGCAACAGGAAAUCAGUCAACACCAAAAACAGCACCAACCACCAUGGGCACUUCUACAGUACUAUAUGCAACAGCAGUCCAUGCCUAUCGAUACACAAAUGGUCAAUAUGUAAAGCAGGGCAAAUUUGGUGCUGCAGUCCUGGGGAACCACACAGCCAGAGAGUAUAGGAUUCUUCUUUAUAUCAGUCAGCAACAGCCAGUCACUGUUGCUAGGAUUCAUCUGAACUUUGAGCUAAUGGUUCGGCCCAAUAACUAUAGCACCUUUUAUGAUGACCAGAGACAAAACUGGUCCAUCAUGUUUGAGUCGGAAAAGGCUGCUGUGGAGUUCAAUAAACAGGUGUGCAUUGCCAAGUGCAACAGCACUUCUUCCCUGGAUGCAGUGCUCUCCCAGGACCUCAUUGUGGCAGAGGGCCCUGCUGUAGAAGUUGGAGAUUCUUUGGAAGUGGCCUAUACUGCCUGGCUCUUUCAGAAUCAUGUGCUGGGUCAGGUUUUUGACUCCACUGCUAACAAAGAUAAACUGCUUCGCCUGAAAUUAGGUUCAGGAAAAGUCAUCAAGAGCUGGGAGGAUGGAAUGCUGGGCAUGAGAAAAGGAGGGAAGCGGUUGCUUGUCAUCCCCCCAGCCUGUGCUGCUGGCUCAGAAGGGGUGAUAGGCUGGACUCAAGCAGCGGACUCGAUCCUGGUGUUCGAAGUGGAGGUCAGGCGGGUGAAGUUUGUCAGGGAUUCUGGCUCUGAUGGGCACAGUGUUAGUUCCCGGGAUUCUGCGGCUCCUUCUCCCACACCUGGUGCUGACAACCCCUCUGCUGAUACUGUUGUGUCACCACCCACAUCGGUGCCUUUCAAAUCAGGGGAACCGGCUCUUCGUACCAAAUCUAACUCCCUCAGUGAACAACUUAUGAUGAACACAAGUCCUGAUACAGUCAAGGCCAAGUUGAUCUCUCGGAUGGCUAAAAUGGGCCAGCCCAUGCUGCCCAUCCUUCCACCACAGCUGGAUUCCAAUGACUCAGAAAUUGAAGAGGUGAAUGCUCUGAGAGGAGUUGGGCAGCCCAUGGUGACUCCGUCCGUCCAGCACUCUCUUCAGCCAGCCCAUCCAGUGUUACCACAGAUGACCUCACAGGCACCUCAGCCACCUGUUUCUGGGCUCCAAGCACCUUCUGCUGCCUUAAUGCAAGUUGCCUCUCUCGAUUCCCACUCAGCUGUAUCUGGAAAUGCCCAGUCCUUUCAGCCCUAUGCAGGUCUGCAAGCCUACGCUUAUCCCCAGGCGUCAGCCGUCAACUCCCAGCUGCAGCCUGUUCGGCCCUUGUACCCGGCAGCACUCUCCCAGCCUCCCCAGUUUCAAGGAUCAGGUGAUAUGGCUUCAUUUCUCAUGACUGAAGCCCGGCAACAUAACACGGAAAUUCGAAUGGCAGUCAGCAAAGUGGCUGAUAAAAUGGAUCAUCUCAUGACGAAGGUUGAAGAGUUACAGAAACACAGUGCUGGUAAUUCCAUGCUCAUUCCUAGCGUGUCAGUUACGAUGGAAACAAGCAUGAUUAUGAGCAACAUCCAGCGAAUCAUUCAGGAAAAUGAAAGAUUAAAGCAAGAGAUCCUUGAAAAGAGCGGUCGGAUAGAAGAGCAGAAUGACAAGAUUAGUGAACUAAUUGAAAGAAAUCAGAGGUAUGUUGAGCAGAGUAACCUGAUGAUGGAGAAAAGGAACAACUCACUUCAGACAGCCACAGAAAACACACAGGCAAGAGUAUUGCAUGCUGAACAAGAGAAGGCCAAGGUGACGGAGGAGUUAGCAGCAGCCACCGCCCAGGUGUCUCAUCUGCAACUGAAAAUAACUGCUCACCAGAAGAAGGAAACAGAGCUGCAGAUGCAGGUGACAGAAAGCUUGAAGGAGACAGACCUUCUCAGGGGCCAACUCACCAAACUGCAGGCAAAGCUCUCAGAGCUCGAAGAAACCUCUGAGCAAGCACAGUCCAAAUUCAAAAGUGAAAAGCAGAGCCGGAGACAACUAGAACUCAAGGUAACAUCCCUGGAGGAGGAACUGACCGACCUUCGAACUGAGAAGGAAUCCCUGGAAAAGAACCUUUCAGAAAGGAAAAAGAAGUCAGCUCAAGAGCGUUGUCAGGCCGAGGAGGAGAUAGAUGAAAUUCGUAAGUCAUACCAGGAGGAAUUGGACAAACUUCGACAGCUCUUGAAAAAGACUCGGGUGUCCACAGACCAAGCAGCUGCAGAGCAGCUGUCUUUAGUACAGGCUGAGCUACAGACAGAGUGGGAAGCAAAAUGUGAACAUUUGCUGGCCUCUGCCAAGGAUGAGCACCUGCAACAGUACCAGGAGGUGUGUGCACAGAGAGAUGCCAACCAGCAGAAGCUGAUACAACUUCAGGAAAAGUGUUCAGUCCUCCAGGCCCAAGUCACAGCCCUCACAGAGCAAAAUGAGCAGCACGUUAAGGAAUUGGAGGAGAACAAGGCCCAGACAUCUGGGGUUGAAGCGGCUACUACUGACCCCUCAGAGAAGGUCAAGAAGAUCAUGAACCAGGUGUUCCAGUCUUUGCGGGGAGAGUUUGAGCUGGAGGAGUCUUACGAUGGCAGGACCAUUCUGGGGACCAUCAUGAAUACAAUCAAGAUGGUGACUCUUCAGCUGUUAAACCACCAAGAGCGAGAGAAAGGAGAGAGCAGCAGUGAAGAAGAGGAAGAGGAGCAGCCGCAGAGCCCGUCCCAGGAGCAGUCAGCCGCAGACAAUUCCGCGCUGCCUCAGGCACCCCUGGGUGGGGAGAGGCAGGAGCCCCCCGUGGUGCCGUCAGAGCAGGCAGCGGAGGAAGCUGUCCUGCUGUCCCCUCGGGCCUUCCCCACUCCCCAGGAUGAUGCACAGAGAAGGGAGGGGGGGCCCUCAGAAGCAGAGGUGCUCUCAGAGCUGCGAGAUGGUUCCCUCCCACCCGACCUGGCUUGCGUCCCACCCCACAGAGUUCUGGGGCCUCCAACUUCAAUUCCACCUCAGCCUCCCGGCCCUGUAACUAUGGACUCUGAGUGUGAGGAGACACUUGCUGCCAGCCCGCUGGCACCUAAGCCUGAUAGCUCAUUGGGAAACGUCUGUGUCAGGGAAGUGACCUCAGAGGGCCCACUGCAAGAAAGCUCCACAGGACUGUCCCUGACUUCAGACCCCGAGAAGGGGGACCCACUGGCCGUAGGGCUUCCUGAAAGCCCAGGAGGAGAGCUUCAGCCCCCAGAGCUUAAUAAAGACGAGGAUGUCACUGGCUCUGCUGGUCCCUCCGAGCAGCUGUCAAGCACAGAGGCAGGAUCUGCAGCCGCAGGAGCAGCCCUCAGCCCCAGCCAUCGUUCUCAGCGUUCCAGUCUCUCUGAGGAUGAAGAAGAUGAGCUGUUUAAAGGGGCGACUCUGAAAGUUCCAAGGCCUAAAGCACAGCCUGAGGAGGAGGAUGAAGAUGAGGUGGUAAGGAGAUCCCAGGCACUGCCACGUCCUCAUACCAUCACCUGGGGGCCCCUCCCCACUGGCUCUGAGAAGAGAAAUGGAGUCUGUUGGUGGCCCACUGCCUGGACUCUGUGUGCAGGGCCCUGUGGGAGCGGGCUUGGGGCUGGGAGGGGGCAGCUCUGUAAGCAGAGCAGGGAUGGUCAGAUACCACUUUUCUCUUAAAAAAGAAUCACAGUGUCUGACCAUGCAGGAAUUAGUCCCACUGGAAGUGAGGAAAGUUGGGCUGCUUAGUCCUACAUUGGAAUGUCAAAGCCUCAGGUUUCCCCAGAUAUGCCUGGAUAUUAAUUUUAUUUAAUCAUUGGAAGGGACUUUGGAGAUGAUCUUGUCUGGCAUCCUCAUUCACAGACAAAAAAAAUUGAGGCUCAGAAGGAUGAUUUACCUAAAGCCACAGAGUGAGUUAACAGCAGGACUAGGACUAGGACUAAAACCCUAGGCUCGUAUUAAGGCCAUCUGUUUCUGAGCUUUUUCUGCUUACUCAGCCUGCUUUCCAACCUGCUGCCUUGUUUUGUCAUCGCCAUAUCCCUGGGCAGAAAAUGGGUUCAGGACUAAUAGCAUAGCCUUGCUUUACAGAAAACGAGAGUGAAACCCAGGAAGGGAAGUUGCUGAUAGAGCUUGAAUUAGAGCCCCAAUUCCUCCAUCUGCUGUUCCCCCUCGUGCUAUGUUACAACGUUUCUGGCUGUCACUAACCAUUUUGACUGAUGUGAUGGGAAGUUCACUGGUGUCAAAUGUGUGUGGGGAAUACAGAUGAGCUUCAGUCUCAGUCCCUCCCAGGGACAGAAUAUGAGGGUGAAUCGGGGCAAAUUCUGUCCCCUCACGUAUCAGUCAAAGUGGGUUUUGCCUUUUGCCAAAGCCUUGGGAAGACAGCUGUGACAGAUCUGAGAUCCAGCUCAUAUGUAUCAGAGCCCUUCCCUCUUGCCUGUGUUCCUUUGGGAAAAAUGUACCAGUUUCUUCUGUUAGCCUUUUUACCAAGAAUUAAGUUUUCAUUUGAGAAUCCUGAAUAUAAAUUCUGCAUUUAAAAAGAAAAAAAGGAAAAAAAAAUUGAGUAUCCUAAGUGACUGCCCUAAAUAUAGUUGAAAUUUUUAAGUUAGCAGGUAUAUUGUUGGUAUUAAUACUAAUACCAUCAAGUUAACAUCUGUUUCUUAGGUAUUCUGAAAACCACUCCACAAACAUGUCCAUUAAAUCUUCUACUACUCCAGUGAGGUAGGCACUUUUAUCCCAUUUUAUAGAUCAGAGGACUGACGCUCAGGACAAUUAAAUAAUGUAACUAAGGUUAUGUGGCUGGUAAAUGUAGAGCUAGAACUUUAGCCCAGACAAAACAGAAGCUGUGAGCCAAAUUUGAAAAUUAUAGGCCAGGUGUGGUGGCUCACGCCUGUCAUCCCAGCACUUUGAGAGUCGUAGGCAGAAGGAUCGCUUAAGCCCAGUUUUCGGCUGCAGUGAGCUAUGUUUGCAUCACUGCAUUACAGCCUGGAAGCAAGAUCUUAUCUCUUACAACAAAACAAACAAAAAAAAUCCUAUACUGUCAGAGUUUAGAGAUCACUUGCUUGAUGCCUGGACAGAAGUACUAGGUCUGUUAGUUGGUAGUGGUGAUAGGAUUAGCCCAGAGGCUGCUGUACACACCUGUGGCUUUGUGAAGACUGGUCCUGGUCAGCAGUAGCUCACCAGAGCAGAAAGUACCUUGGUAGAGACUAUUCAUUUCGUGCCUGUCUCUAGCAUAGAUCCCUGCUCUACACCCCCACCUCCCAUGGGACCUGUUUCCUGCUGAUCCAGAGUUAUGAAAGGGUGCGGUUCUCAUGGCCCCGUUAGUCCCCUCUAUCCCCCUGGUUGGAGGGAGCAAGAGUGGGGCCAGAGAAACGAGGCACCUGGGAGGCUGUGGCCCUGUGCUCUUCACUUCUUGGGAGUCUCCACUUGGGAAUGUGGCCAAGCCUCUAAAUUCAACUCUGUCUCAAAUGAUGGGAUCACAUCCAGAGCCAGUUAGGCCACCUUAGGCCACAACAACAGUGUUUUUUCAAAAGUGACUGUAUUCUGCCCAGCCUCCCUCCAUCUUCCCACGUCCUGUCCCUAUCUCAGGCCUGCUUUGCUUCUCGGUUUCUUCCUCCUACUCCCAUCUCUCCUCUUUGACUCUUCUUUCUGUACACGAAAUGAUGAGGGGAAAACCUGUCAAUUCAUGUGCUUCACAAAUAAAUGACAAAAUUAGCCAAACAAAGUUGGUCUUUUGUCUCUGUUGAAAGAGUGCCUCCCUUCUCGGCAUGCUUUGUCUCAGCUUUAUCUGGAAGCCUAGGUUUGCUGGCCUCAGAGUCGGUCCUUCCAGUGCAACUUCUUUUGCAACCCAGAGCCAGGACCAGAAGUUGGAUCACUUCACCUCACAGGUGGGAAGUCCAAUUGGUACAGGGACAAGUGAGGACUGACUACUCUUUCCUGUUU